AUGAACUGGUUAAAGUCGACUCUCUCCGCCGUGGUGGGCACCGAGGAGCCCAUCUAUGGCCCAGAGGCCCUCCAGUCUGUUGCGAAGCAGACCGAGACCACUCCCUUCUCCGAAGUGAACAAGGACAUUUUGCGCUGGCGCGCAUACUCCUACACCAAUGUGGAAACCCAGACCUUCUACAUCAUGGCCGACAACGGGACGGUGGUGUUUGUUCAGGUUAUCUACAGCAACAUUGUCGGAAUCCACACCACCGCCCAGUUCAACGUGAAGAUCUUCGACCUCAGCGGAAAGGGCGACAACAAAUGGUUCUCGGACCCGCUCUCCAACUUCAUGUUCGACGAGAAUAUGCUCUCCUUCGGCGCCGACAACCUGUCGCUGACCCUCAACGAGGAGGGUGACUCAUACACCAUCAAGUCCACCGUCAACAGCGGCGCCCAGGUGGAUAUUAAGUUCUCCCGGACCGCACCCGGUUUCGUCGUCGGCAAGGAUGGAACCUCAUACUUCGGAACCGACCCCAAAAACCCAUGGGGCUCCAUGCGUCACGCUUUCUGGCCCCGCUGUGCUGUCGAGGGUAGCAUCGCUACCAAGGAUCAGACCUACGACCUGGGCGGUCGUGGUGUCUUCAUCAUGGCUCUGCAGGGCAUGAAGCCUCACCACGCUGCCGCCCGCUGGAACUUCAUUAACUUCCAGACCCCCACCUACUCCGCCAUCAUGAUGGAGUACACCACUCCCCUUUCCUACGGCUCCACCACGGUCAACGUCGGUGGUAUUGUCAAGGACGGCGAGGUCAUCUACGCCGGCACAACCAACUCAGUGGCUCACACAGAAACCGGCCAGGACGAGGGCAGUGACUGGCCCGCGCCCAAGUCCAUCAAGUGGGAGUGGAGCGGCAAGACAACCGACGACAAGGCGCUCACAGCCGAGGUGAACGGCGCCCUCGGUUCGCGACUGGAUCGCAUCGACGUUAUGGCCGAGGUGCCAGGCUUCAUUAAGAGCAUCGCUGGCAGUGUUGCCGGUACUCGGCCGUACAUCUUCCAGGAGAAGCUUUCAUUGAAGCUGAAGCUCGGCGACGAGGAGAUCACCGAGGAGGGAACCAUGUUCUCCGAGUCCACCUUCAUCUCGUAA